AUGGGUUCAGAACUUGGUAUUACCGCUAGCACAGCGGAGCUGAUCGAUCUCUCGCCAGUCAGUAUCUGGUGGGCCACCUGGGCUUGUGUCUGGACGGUCACCGUCGUGUGCGGCGUAACCUAUCUGAUUCUCCAUCGAAAUGCCCCAACACUUCGUAUCCGCGGCCUCGGUCUAUCGCUUUCUGCUAUCGGUCUUCUUCACUUAUACUGGGCAGUCUGUCAGUUUGGAACGAUGAUCGGUGCGAUCCUACCGGGAGACGCGCAGUACUGGAUUAUGGGGACUUUUCUUCCAUUGGGUAUUUCCCUGUUUCAUGCAUCAAACGCUCGCUUUCUUCACGUUGCCAAGCUCCAGAGGAAAUACGCCCAAUACGGCCACCGUCUAUUUGAACCCACGCCCGAAAGAAAUCCUAGGGGCCUGGUCAAUCGUUUCUGUGCUCUUAGUUACAACGCCAGGGUUUUUGUCCUUGUUGGCAUUGGCAUGUUUAUCCAAAUCUUUCUCACGAUCCUUAUGUGGGUCAUUUCCCGCAAGUGGCACAGCUCUUGGGGUAUCCCCGGCACUGAAGUUCACGGUACGGUGAUGGAACAAAAGACUGCUCAGGGCAGUGGAUGGGAGUGGUGGCCCGGUGUGGCUUACCAGCUACUAUGGGCUUGGAUUAUCGCCCCGAUUGUUCUCUGGAAAGCUCGCAAGAUCAAUGACACCCAGGGGUGGCGAACGCAGACAAUCUGCUGUGCUCUCGCCAGCCUCCAUGCAACCCCAUUGUGGUUGAUUGGUCUCUAUGUCCCCGCUAUGGAACCAGUCAAUGCCGUCUGGAUUCCGCCUCAAUGGAUCUGCUUGUCUAUCUGGUUCAUGGAGAUCUUCACCGUCUUCAUCCCCUGCUACGAGGUCUUCCGAUCCAAGACUCUCCGCAAGGAGACCCUCGACUCCAUCGCACGAUGGGAGCUCAAGGUCAAGUCCACUGGCUCGGAAGAAAAGUCCUUGAGCUCCGAGGCUACCAUGGUCGAAUCUUUUAUGUCUGGAUGGAAGUCCACCAACGAAUCAGUCAACUCCAACGGAUCCCGUGACAGUAUUCUGACCAUGCACGCCCUCGAGCACGUUCUUGAGCGCAACCCAGCUCCCCUGCAGGAGUUCUCCGCCCUCCGAGAAUUCUCUGGUGAGAACAUCGCUUUCCUCACCGGAGUCGCCGAGUGGAAGAACACGCUCCCCCAAAUCAUGAAGGAUGGCCAUUCCGAGGGCCCCUCCAAGGGAGCUAUCCGCGAGUCCUUCAACCGCGCCCUGCACCUCUACGCAAAGUUUAUCAGCGUCCGACAUGCCGAGUUCCCACUCAACAUCUCCUCGCAAGAUCUCGCCCAACUUGACCAGAUCUUCGAAAAGCCCACUAACAUCCUUUACGGCGACGAGCGCGAGACAAACCCCGUCAGCCCCUUCGACAAAUUUACUUUUGACCUCCCCUCGCCCGCUCUGACCGAUUCAUCUGAGAAGGGACUGAAGCCUUCCUCGGCUGAGAUCCAGGACCGGGUUGAGUACUGGGGCCAGAUUCCGGAGGGAUUCAGCGCAGCUGUCUUCGACGAUGCCGAGAAGAGCAUCAAGUACCUUGUUCUCACCAAUACAUGGCCCAAGUUCAUCAGAGACCGCCGGACUUCUAUCGAGUCUCUCGAGACUUUGAAGCCUGGUAUGGAUGUCUAA